AAAUCGGAUCUGAAGAUGGCAUCGAGGGUGCUGUGGGGCGGCCUCGGCCUGCUCCGCCUGCUGUGGUGUCUCCUCCCACAAACAGGCUAUGUGCACCCAGAUGAGUUCUUCCAGUCACCUGAGGUCAUGGCAGAGGACAUCCUCGGCAUAGAGGCCGCCCGGCCCUGGGAGUUUCAGCCCAGCAGCUCCUGCCGCACGGUGGUCUUUCCACUGCUGACCUCUGGCUCUGCUUUCUGGCUGCUCAGGCUCUGGGAAGAGCUGGGGCCGUGGCCUGUCCCAGUGAGUGGCUAUGUGCUGCUCGUGGCACCCCGGCUCCUCCUCACUGCCCUCUCUUUUGCCCUGGAUGUGGCCGUCUACCACCUGGCCCCACUGUGGAGGGCGGAGCGCUGGAAUGCCCUGGUCCUGCUGUCUGGUUCCUACGUCACCCUGGUCUUCUAUACAAGGACCUUCUCCAACGCCAUCGAGGGACUGCUGUUUUCAUGGCUGCUGGUACUGGUAUCCUCCCGUGUAGCUUGGAGCUCCACACCCAAAAAGCCUGCCCCAAGCCCGUGGUGGCACAGCUGGCUUCUCGGCAGCAUUGUGGCUGCUGGCUUCUUCAACCGGCCCACCUUUCUGGCCUUUGCCCUGAUCCCCAUCUUUCUCUGGGGCAUUUGUGGAGCCGCAAAGCCUGCCUUCAAGUCACUGACCAAGGAAGCCCUGGGGCUCCUCCCAGGAGCAACCCUCACCGCAGCAGUGUUUGUGGCUGUGGACAGCUGGUAUUUCUCCAGCCCUAGAUCCAGGACCUUUGUCCUUACACCUGCCAAUUUCUUGCACUACAACCUGGAUCCUCAAAACCUGGUGAGGCACGGCACACACUUGCGGCUCACUCACCUGGCAGUCAAUGGCUUUCUGCUCUUUGGGAUGCUGCAUGCCCAGGCCCUGCAGGCUGGGUGGCAACAGCUGCAAGUCUGCUUCCAGGCCUUUGUACAAAUGGGCUUUCGGAGGAUGUUGGAUGCCCAGUGUCUACUGUCCAGCCCCAGGUCUCACCUCCUGCUCCUCUACUUCCUGCCCCUGGCUCUGCUGUCUGCUUUUAGCCACCAGGAGGCUCGGUUUCUGAUUCCCCUUCUGGUCCCCCUGGUCUUGCUUUGUAGUCCACAGACCCAACCUGUGCCCUACAAGGGCACCCUGGUCCUCUUCAAUGCCCUGGGGGCCCUCUUCUUUGGCUGCCUGCACCAGGGGGGUCUCGUGCCUGGCCUGGAGCACCUGGAGCGAGUGGUUCAUGCACCUGUGCUCCCAAGUGUGCCUACCCACUACACACUCCUCUUCACCCACACCUACAUGCCUCCCCGGCACCUCCUACAUCUGCCAGGUCUGGGAUCACCUGUGGAGGUGGUGGACAUGGGUGGGACUGAGGACUGGGUCCUGUGCCAAGCCCUGAAUGACUUCACCAGACGACCAGCCUGCCAGGUGGCUGGUGGGCAGUGGCUUUGCCGCCUUUUUGUGGUGACCCCUGGCACCACCAGGCCUGCCAUGGAGAAGUGCAGCUUUCCUCUCAAGAGUGAGACACUCGUGUUUCCCCACUUGACCCUUGAGGACCCACCAGCCCUAUCCUCCCUGUUGAGUGGGGCUUGGAGGGACCAUCUCAGCCUUCACAUACUGGAGCUCGGGGAAAAGCCUGACAACAUGACAGGAAAUCCACUGCCACAGGUGAAGCCACCACUCCACCUUCUGUGUAGGUAGCUGGGCUGGAGCACAGCCCUGAUUCUCUUCCUUUCCUUCCCCUUCCAGAGCUCCCGCCACUGCCUCACCUAUGCACAGCCCUUGGCUGUUUUACUUUCUGGGUAACCUGGUAUCCUUUUCCCCGCAAAGAUCAAAGAUCUGACUGGUCAAGGUCCCCAGAGAACUUUGGCCCCUAAUGUCUGUUCCUGCCUAAUUCCUUCCAGCCCCUGUGCUGUUUUAAAUAUAUGAUAGCACCUGGUUGUGAAGAGAAAACUAUCUGCUAAUGACAUUACUCAGUAAUCUCCAAACCUUCCAGGAUGCCUUACCUCUUGCUGUCAGGACAACUUCUUAGCUUCCUAGACACCUAGGAGACAGUGGAGAUGUAGAGAGUAGGUACCUCAGAUUCAAGGGACCUGAGUUCUAGUCCCUGGUCUGACACUCACUGGCUUUGUGAUUUUAAGAAAGUCUCUUCCCUUACCCAGCCUCAGUUUCCCAACCUAUACAAUGGUUCAGAGGAUGUCUGAGGUGUCUGACAGCUAACACUGUCAUUCCUGGGUCUGCGGUGCAUGUCCUCUGGCUAGAUCGGCAUGUCUCUCCUAAAGAUCUUUAGGCAUAGAAGUGGGUG